CUGCGUGCAUCGCGCACAUGUCGCGCAGACAUGCUAGAUUUGCCUACGAUCGCAGUGUUCUAGAAGUUGUACUACGAUCCUGGAUCUGUCGGCUGCGUUACCUUUUUCUCUUUCACGUGUGUACAGUAGCGCAAGAAUGAUCACGCACGCAAAAGUGCGGUAUGAGGAUGAUCGAAAACUUGCGGUUGUGGACAUUCGAGACAUAGAAAACUUCCAUCCCGAGAACGCGAAGGAUUUCAAAUCGAAGUUCUUUUAUUCGGUGAAAUGGACCGAUCCGGACGGGACCUCGGACUUUUACCGGGCUCGGAUUCUAGCUCUGGGAGAAUCAGAAGAAGACCUGGAGGCGGAGGGAAGAGGCCGGCAGAGGCUUAGAUUUGAAAGAAUGGCAUAUUCGCCUGACGGCGAAGAUGAAGACGAUGAUGUCGAGCCAGAGCGUCCUGCAAAAAAGCCCUCUGGCCCAAAGCAGGAGCUAUUGGACAUGUUAAAAAAAAAAACUGACGACAUCCAGCAAAGGGAAGAAGCUGCUUUAAAGAAGCAGAAAAAGAGGCCAACAUAUGACGAUAGGGGUGGCCUAGUCACUGAGCUGAAGUACAAGGUACAGAGACUUGAAGGCCUUGUGGAAAGAAAGUGCAAAAAAAAUUGA